GUUGAAAUGCACUAUAAAAAUUAUUGGAUUUUAUUGGCUGCGCUUGUUCCAACAGAAGCCAGUGUGGCGCUACGUUCCACGACUACGUCACUCAAUUUGCAGACAUGGCAACCAUCGGUUUGUUGGGCAUCGAGCACAUGCACAAGUAUGUCAGCCCGGUCAACCCGGCUGUCUACCCGCACCUCACACUGGUGCUCAUGGGCAUCGGUCUGUUCUUCAUGGCCUGGUUCUUUGUCUAUGAGGUGACCUCAACGAAGUUCACACGAGACCUCUUCAAGGAGCUCAUCAUCUCUCUAGUCGCCGCAGUGUUCCUGGGCUUCGGCAUCCUGUUCCUGCUUCUCUGGGUUGGCAUAUACGUCUAGCAACAUGGCAACCCAUGGUGCCUUGACGGUACUGCCUUUUUCUUGGGUCCUGUUGGAAUGAAUGGAUGACAUUGGUUGCUCGCCGUGUAUCGCAAAGCAUCUCAUCAUCCCUCCUCCAUCACCUUCUACCCUGUUCCCUUUCUCCCUCCCCCCUUUUUUUUCCCAUUUUCAAAUUGUUGUACAUUCCUGGUGAAUUGAAGUAAAUGAAGUUCGUUUUCA